AUGAUGAACGAGGUACUCGAAAGGAGACGAGAAGAAGCUGAGAAGACGAAGCUGGGAGGUAGAUUGCCACUGGAAUACAACCACGCGCUUGCAUGGACGCAAACUGCAUCGAGUGGAAAAGCUGAAGCAGGCGAUAUCCAAUUAUCGCUAGCGAUGUCCGCGCGAUUCACAACGAGUGAGCUUCUCCGCCAAGUCUUGCUCGAUCUGGCUGCCCAUCCCGACCUCGUCGAGCCACUGAGGGAAGAAGUUUCGCAACAGAUCUCCACACAUGGGGUAUCAGUCGCCGCCACGUCUUCCAUGGUUCUUAUAGACAGCGUGCUGAAAGAGUCGCAGCGACAAUCGGCUCCCUUGGUGAGCCUCGAGCGCGUCGCUCUGGAAGAAGUCACAUUUCCCAGCGGCGAAAGGAUACCCACUGCGUCGCACAUCAUGGUCGACUCUACAAACCUAUGGGAUCCCGCUGUUUAUGCCGAGCCAGACCGCUUCGACGGCUACCGCUUCCUGCGCAAGCGUGAAGCAGGCGAUAAAGCUAGUCAGUUUGUCCAAUCCGGCCCGGAGUUUAGUGCGUUUGGCGGUGGUCGUUACCUCUGCCCCGGACGCCUUUUUGCGAGCAACGAGUUGAAACUCGCUCUGGCUCAUAUACUGCUCAAGUACGACAUCCGGCUUGCAGAGGGGUAUGAAGUUAAGUCACUAUCAGUUAGGUGUGUACAAAGUUGUUGA